AUGACAACACCAUCAUCGGGUGCUUAUCUGAAUCAGUUCAUAAAUGCUAACUUUUACGGUAAUCCAUGUCUACCACAUCGGAAUCAAUUGAACCAUUAUUGCUUUGGAGAGAAUGUAUCAUCGAACGUGGUCAUGGAUACGGUUGGAAUGGAAAUUAAUGAGGAGGAUGAAAUAGGGUUCGAAAAAAGUUACUCAGAUAUACAAAUUGGAAAUUUAAAGUAUAAUUCUCGAAAACGUCGUUUGCUUUAUAGAAAUGAUGCGCCACUGUGUAAGAGAAGAAUGGAAAAAGUUAGUGCUCGUUUGGAAAAUUUUCACAUCUCAAGCGAUCCCGGUUCAUCAAUACUGAAUUCGAAAGAUAGUGACUCAGAAGAUACCGGUGAGGAAGAUAUCGAAAAAGAUGAUGUACUGUUAAUUCUAGACGAGAGGCUACGGAAAUAUAUCGAGCAUGAGCGUAAAGCGCCACCUAUUACCAUUAGCAAUCCUUUAUCGACGGCCUUAGUACCUUAUGUGCCGCGCAUAUCCUACGAUAAUCUAACAAUGACUGGACGGAUCAAAGAAAUUGAUACUGAAGAUGCGGUAGGAUAUGAGUCAAAUGACAAAGGUCUUGUUACUUUUCCGGAUGAUACGGACGCAGCAGAAUCGGGAAAUUGCUCGAAUGAGACGAUUGCUCAAAGCACUAAAUUGCCGUCUUCUAUAAUGAAUGUCACGGAAAUAGACAUGGAUGUACAGGACGAUGCUGUUAUGGAAAUCGAUAGUUUAUAG